GUCAAAGUCUGGUUCCAGAACCGUAGGACCAAGCAGAAGAAGGACCAGAGCAGGGACUCUGAGAAACGCUCCUCUUCCACCUCUGAAUCCUUUGCGACUUGCAAUAUUUUACGGUUAUUGGAGCAAGGUAGACUGUUGUCCGUUCCAGGGCCACCCAAUUUGCUCUCUCCUAGUCAAAACCCAAUGGGCAGCCCAUCAGCCAAUGGGUCCAGCUUGGGUACCUCGGGAAGCACAUCACCAGGAAUAAGCAGUAGCCCUCCUGGAGCCGGAGCCUUCACCCUCCAAGUUCCAUCCUUAGCUUCUUCAACUUCUCCAAGGCUACCAGCUUCCCUGUGUUUCCCUGGUCCUCUACUGGGAGGCCUCCAUGAAAUACCAACUGGAUAUGGACUGGGUAGCUCGGCGUUUGAGCCUUACACCCGCCUGGAGAGAAAAGACAGUGUCACCAGCAAAAAGCCAAGUUCUUAA